GUCCGCAAUGCAAUCUUCCGGAACAAUGCUGCGCAAUCAAAUGGCGGUGGGCUGGCCAUAUUUGCGAAUGGACCUUCACGCAUUGAGAUCAACAAUUCCAUUAUCGAAGGGAAUCUUGCAAACGGACAAGGUGGCGGGAUAUACUGCACCGAGCUGGUAAACAUGCCGGCGGCCCUCGUGCUCAACAACGUGGAAAUCCGCGGCAACGAAGCCUAUGGAGGUGGAGGAGGCUUGUCGUUUGACUGCACUUCCUUGGAUAUGGCAGGUGGCAGUGUGUCCAACAACAGCGUCCUUUCGGGCGGCAAGGGUGGCGCCCUUCAAGUUGGACAAAAGCUUCGAUGUGGUUCAGACCCCAUCUUCAAGGAUGUUAAAUUCAAGGGUAACACUGCAACAACUGGUGCUGUCGCUUACUUCAGCAGCGCAUACCCAUCGUGCGCCAUUCCGAUCCUGGAAGAUGAUGACAGCAGGUGGAACCCAUCUGUUCCAUCUGCUUGGCACUGGACCGACUUUAGCGCUGCUGUGUCGGGCAAUUCCGCUAUCCUUGGCAACCUGCAAGCCACGUCACCGGUCGCCAUCGUCGCAACUUCCUGUCAAGGUCAGGAAGUCUGCGAACGUCAGAGCCUUCUCACGAUGGAGGGCUUUCCUGGGAUGAGUUUGUUCUUCGGGGCGAUGCUCCUCGACAGCUUCAACCAGGUCACCAUAGACGACACAUUGCAGCUCGAGCUGGUCAUUUCACCUGGCUCCACAUGCCUGCUUGACGGAGUUCUGCAGCAUCGUAUAACUCAAGGUCUGGCUACAAUUCAGUCAGUCAAGGUGCUAGCGAUGGUUGGGACGAUUUGGAACUCCAUUUGCAAAUUCAAAGUCCGCCUGCCCCUCUCCAUCAUUACAUUGAAGAAAGUCGUGCCUUUGGAAGUGCACCUUCAUAUGGGGCCCUCCGCCGUGACAUGCCCUUCCGGGUGGAUUUCCUCCGGCGGACAGCAGGCCACUCGCGAGUGCCAAGCCUGUCCAGCGGGAAGUUUCGCUGUUCCUGGCGCAUCGAGCUGCACAGCUUGCCCCGCCGGUCGCUUCAACCAGGAAGCGGGCACUGCUGACUGUCUCGUUUGUCCUCCAGGUCAUGGGUGCCCGGCGGGAACAAGCAUUCCUGCUCCGUGCCCACGUGGAUAUCACCAGGACCAGGAAGGAGGUUCCAGUUGCUCGCGCUGUCCUCGGGGUACCUACACGCAGCAGACUGCCUCCGUGAACUGUACGGAGUGUGUCCUGGGCAUGAUCACCUUGGAAACGGGCUCAGACUCGGCGUCGUCCUGUCUGUGCUCCGACGGCUCGUUUGUGGUGAACGGCAAGGGCUGCACGCCAUGCCCUGCUGGGAUGCUAUGUGCAGCUGGAUUGGCGCCUCCACUCCAGCAGGCGGGCUACUGGGCAGAGGUUGAAGAUGCAAGCCGUGGGCUUUACUCAGUGUUCCAAUGCCGUAACGCAGACGAAUGCCCUGAAGGAAAGCCUGAGAUCUGUGCACCCGGGCGAACCAACUUGGCUUGCAACAACUGCCUGCCAAAAUAUUAUCCCACAGGAAACGGAGAUUGCAAGGCCUGCGAGGAUUACGACACUUUGGGGUUUUAUGUUGCAGUGAUCGUGAUGUGGUGUGGGGCCGCGAUCCUUUUACGGGUGAUGAGCGUUGGCAUCAGUCAGAGCAGCUUGAGCAAGCUAACUGUCCUGGCUGUGGGCAACCAGCUGGUCAUGGUCAUUCAGACUUUCUCAACUAUUUCAAAGCUCCAAAUUGCAUGGCCGGAGCCGGUAAAAACCCUGAUUGAGUUCGCGGACCUCAUCAUGAUGAUCAACUUGGACUUCGUGAAAAUCGCGUGUGUGAGUCAACAUGACCAUCCUGUGGUGAAGCUUCUGGGGCAGCUGCUGGCUUUUCCUGUGCUGGCUCUUGGAUUGGGCUGCGUUUGGCUGAUUCAGAAAUAUUUGAAGCCGAACCAGCGGCUGGACCACCUCAUCAAUGUUCUCGGCUUCAUCCUCUUCGCUUUCUUCCUCAGUCUAGCGCUAGCAACGAUGUUGCCAUUCCAAUGCAUCUCGAACCCCAACGGGACCAGCUCAAUGGCCAACAAUCCGGGGGUUCUGUGCUACGAAUCGGAAGACCACUUUGUGCUUGUCAUCGUCGCGGGUGUUGGAAUCAUACUUUACCCAGUGAGCAUCAUGGCCUGGGCUGCGUGGGCGACGUACUUAUACCCAUCUCGAGCCGCCACAGGAAAAGGCAUCGCGACGUUGUACCGCUACCGCUUCUUCUUCCAGCGCUUCACUCCUCAGUGCUAUUUUUUCGGAUUGUUUCUUCUCUUGCGCAAUUUCUUGCUGGCGCUCGCGCCGAUUGUCCUCGUCCCAGUCCCAGCAUUGCAAAUUGUGGCAGUCGGGACCAUGCUGCUGGCCAGCCUCGCGCUGCAGACGCGGCUAUGGCCAUGGCGUACACGCGAAUCGAACGUUGCUGAUCUUCUCAUGAUGCAGUUUGUCGUCAUCGUCCUGCUUGGUGUAUCACCACUUCUGGAAAUCGAUGAGACAGAAGCAGCAACUCUACUGGGGACACUGCUUUGUGUGCCCGUACUGGCUCCGCUGGUUCUCGCCGUCGUCGUGAUGAUUUGGAUGGGCUGGCGCUCUUUGCAGAAGACAGCUCGCUAUGACGUCUUCCUUUGUCACCAUAAAGGUGGUGCAGGAGCGUUGGCUCGUUAUAUCAAAAUGCAGCUUACAACGCUGACAGGCUGCAGCGUGUUCUUGGAUGCCGAUUGCCUGGAGAGCCUGGAUGGCCUUUUUGACAUCGUGCGGGAGCAGACCAAGAACUUCGUUGUCAUCUUGACCCAGGAGCUGCCGAAGCGCAUGUGGUGUGCGGGCGAAGUCGCAACGGCUCACAAGAAUGCGAUCCUCACCGUGCCAGUGAAAUGCGAUGGUUUUUUGAGCUACACGGAAAGCCAGAUCGAUGUCAUACCGCAAAUGUGGUCUGCUGACGAACAACAUGCUCUAAGUUGUCGAGGCAUCUCCACAUCAGAUGUCGUGAACUCCUUGAAAGUCCUGCUGGCGCUGCAUGGCGUGAUGAUGCCGCGCUUCGGCAGAGAUGCCGAAAAGCAUGAAGCCAUCGAGAAGAUCGCUUUGAGAUGUGCCCUGUCGCGCAAGACGUACAGUGCAGAAAACGGCACGACUUCCAAGGCUCGGAUCCUGAUGACGGGUGCUGUGCAAGAUGCGGAAGCCCUAAGUGUUAUCGAGAUAUGCCAGCACAUGGUCCAGAAGCGGCUGCAAGUGACCUGUGCCAUUGUCCGGACGGAGCUCGAGGUCCGCAUGAUGAUGGCCUAUGCAUCCUAUUUUGUGGUUCUGCUGUCGCGGGGAAUGCUACGUGAUCCGUCUUUUGCUCGACUUCUGCUCGCAGCAACGGCUGUUGUUCAGUACUUGUCAGUGUUGUUUCCCCAUGCGGCUCUGUACCAACCAGACCCUCUCGACAAGUUCACGGGCCUCGGAACGACAUUUGGAACUGGGUUGCGAAAUUUCUGGAUGGUUCCGAUUUCUACGACGAACUUCGCCAUUUCGGACUUGGCUUCGGACAUCAGGUUGGGGGCCGACUCGAACAAGCCUACCGCUGCCUGGCUGCGGAGAUGUGCUUUGCUGCAGCUGCUCGCGCUACCACUCUCCCCGCAUGGGUCAUCCGCUCUCAUCAAGAAACAAAUCGAGGAAGUCUGCGGGAGGUUCCGGAAGUAUCAGAACAACGCGGAGGGGUUGGCCCAGGAUCUGGAAUCUGACGAGGCAUUGCAGAAAUGCGCCAACUCCCUGGAUCCAGCCGACUUCAAUGCUGUGGAAACUGCGUCGUGCUCAAGCCCCGCAAUCACUCCACACUUGGACAGCAGCAUGUUUUGUCCGAGCCCAGGUGCAAUGAGUGUACGAAGUUAUGACAUGCCACUGGAAAUGCUGAUGGAGUCCGUCAUAGAUGAGAAGUCGAUGGGCCGCAUCGAAGACAUUGACGAAGAUGAUCCGGUUUUCGUCACGAACGGGGGCAUGUGCGACGGCGAAGAAAUAGAGGAGGCCGUGCGGCUUCAACUUGCGCCUCUGGAGCAGCGGGUUCUUCAGGUUCAUCAGGACCUCUUGCCUUUGCACGUUCAUGGUGUUCACCUUGACCAACCUGGCUGCAUCAAUACGCAGGAGAUCCCCCUCCCGCUCCAGGUGACGGCAGAAAGUCCUGUCCUUCCACCGCCAAGUCUGCCGAGCAGCUGCCUGCGACAGUCUGCCGUGGUUCCGGCCACAGAGAUCGCACCAUGGAAGCGGAACAGCGCGGGUAGCCUCGAGAUGCCUGAGGACCGGCAAGCGCCCAGCCUUUCCAGAGAAGCUCCGGCCAAGCUCACGGUGUCCUUCUCCAAGAGCGCAAUGAUGGGGGAGAAAAAGAGGAAUUCUGGGACCCCCAUCCCGCUGGCAAAGUCGGUGACCACUUUCCACUUCAAUGAGUCGGACAUGCCAUGGCACAGACGAAUGUGCCACCAGCUCGUGCGCAAUGCCCGCUUUGAGCUGCUGGUGAUGAUGACGCUGCUGGCAUCGUCAGCAACCUUGGGGGUUGAAACGCAUGUGGCGAUGCAGGAUAUCCAUUCAGAGCCGCAUGUAAUUUUCCGCAUAUUCGACAUCACCUGGUGCGUGGCGUUCGUGUUGGAGCUCGUGUUCCGCAUUUUCGCAGACGGCAAGAUGUUCUUCAGCAUAAGAAACCCAGAGUAUGGAUGGAACUGGAUGGACACUUUCUUUGUCGCCAUAUCGACUGCCGAUGAAGCGGUUGUGCUGCUAGGAUUUGCAAUC